AUGACUUACCAAAUAGCCGCCUUGCUGCUCACUCCCUUUCUUUGCCGUGCCUCGGCGCUUGUUAUCAACGAUACCCCCACAGUGAACGCGCGUGCGGUCACGAACACCAGCAAGGCUGGGCUGCCUUGGCCGAACGGCAAUGCUGACGAUAUCAAUCAGUAUCUAAGCACUGGCAAGGUUCAAUGGUAUUACACGUGGAGCCCUUCCCCGACCCAAGCCGACCUCGAGUUUGUUCCCAUGCUCUGGGGCACAAAUCAAGUCGACCAGUGGGAUGGAACUAUCAACAAGACCGUUCAAGACCUGCAUGUCACCCACGUCCUGGGCUUCAAUGAGCCAGAAAUCCAAGGGCAGUCCAACAUCGACCCUCAAGAGGGCGCCGCGCUUUGGAAAGCGCACAUCGAGCCGCUCCGUGGGCUGGGCGUUCAAUUGGGAUCUCCUGCCCCAAGCGGAUCGCCGGCAGGGAAACAGUGGCUGCUCGACUUCAUGGAUGCGUGCCAGGGCGGCUGCUCCGUUGACUUCAUUGCCGUGCACUACUACGACAUCAACUCGACCGGUUUCAUGGAAUACCUCGAAGACUACCACAACACGUUCCAGCGUUCGAUGUGGGUAACGGAAUGGGCGUGCCAGAAUUUCAACAACGCGGAUAUGCAGUGUUCGCAGCAAGACGUGGUCGACUUCAUGAAUUCUACUCAAGCGUUCAUGGAUAGCACGGAUUGGGUUGAACGCUACGGAUGGUUCGGCGCUAUGGAGAACCUCCAAGGAGUGAAUGAGGCAAAUGCUCUCAUGUCUUCCCAGGGUUCUAUCACGCCAUUGGGUCAGCAGUAUAUCGGCGCGACUGUACCCCAGGUUGAUGCCAACUACACCCCCGGCGUUGUUCAUGGAGGCUCGGGCUUACCUAGCGGGGAUGGAGGGUCGAAUGCUGCCCUUCUGUUCGGCCACACGACCCCGUGGCAGACCCUUCUAUUGCCUGCGAUGGUGACUUGCGCCAUGAUGAGAUUUGCGGUUUGA